GAAAAAUUUGUAUUAAGCGUUUGAAGAAAUCGUUCGUCAAUUUUGAGGUUUUCUACAGCCUAGACAACCCAUUGUCUCAAUAUUGUUAUCAAAUCCCCGAGUUGGUUGGGAGACGUAUCCGAGGGUUUUUCCAUGGCUGGGUGAUUCUCUCCAACAAUGUUAUGUGGUCUCUUUGGAAUCCAUCUACCUCUAAGGUUAUGUGUUUACCUCCCUUAGUAUUGAAGGAUGGAGAUUCUGAUGAUGAUAUCAUCGGACACUGUUGUUUGACAUCCCCUCCCGAUGAUCCAGGUUCAACUAUUUUGUUAACAAGAACUGAUAAAUCUACAUUUGUUUUUUGUCGGCUAGACCGUAAAAGAAAGAAGUUAAAAUGGACUGAAAUGUCAUAUGUCAAACAGCUCAAGAGAAUAACCGGUGAUGGUCGUUUAUUGCAUAGCCUAACUUUUUGUGACGGUAAAGUAUGUGCCAUACAUACGGAUGGUUGCUUGUUUCGUGCUAUCAUAACCAUUGACAUAGUAGUUAAGGAUGAAGAAGUUGUGAUAAAUUUACUCUUAUUUGGGCCAGCCCCUCUACCCGAUGAAGAUCCGAUCUACGACCGUAUUUUGGAAAUAUUUCUUACAGGAUCUUCUACAGUUUUAUUCUGUGUUGUCGUAGGCUUUAUUGAGGAAACACAUGAAACAAUAAAUCAUGUCAAUUUGUUCAAAUUGGACACAACUACUAUAAAGUGGGAAGAUAUACAUAGCAUUGUUAAUGAACAGUGGGACGUGACCGAUAUGUAUGUAAUUGACAAUACUAAUUGGGAUAAAUUGAUGAUGACUGAUAUAAUGUGGGAGGAAAUGUUAGACCUCAAAGCUGCUAUCUUCUGUGUGGAUCUUGCUCUUGAUUACUCAUCGGUAUUUUACCUCCCUUCAAUUGAUUCAGAGUUAGGGGGUUACAUACAUAUUCGUGGUAAAAUGGGCACAAUUAUACAAUCAUAGCACAUUAAAGAUAAAACACUUGGCCAAUCUUAUAUGCGAUCUCCAUUGCUGUCAACCAGCCAUGUCACAUUAUGGGAAGAGAAAAGUAGGUUAAAAUGUGAUUACAAACAAGAAGAAGAGGACAUUAAGGGUGAUGAAAUCAUGAUGAUGAAAUCGGUUACGGACGAUGAGUUUGAAUUCAAUGAAUCACACCUCCUCAAUUUUUCGAUUCAUUUCUUGGAGAUGAUUAUGGAGAAUUGCGCUGGAGUGGAAUACUUGAAGUUGCGUGCUACAUGCAAACGAUGUCAUUUAGCGGCACCUUUGAUGAUUAUGGAGGGGCAAAUCUGGAUUAAAGAGAUUGCAGAAUCAUUCAUUAGUUUCACCAUGGCUAAUGUACUUUAUGAAAAUUAUACCGGUAUCCAUCUAUGGAAAGAAGGUAUUUUGUUCAAAGUUUGGUUGGUUGUUGCUGUUUCUUACCAAGUCUACACUGGUGUUCGCAAGCUUCCUUGUAUAGAAUAUUCAAUUGCUGAUAGCUUCUCCUUCUCUACACCACCUACUUCCCCUGAUUGUAUGGUGGUUGGUUUUUCAGGAUACGUUGAUUGGGAAGUUCACAUCCAUUUCGUUGGGGGGGCUAAACAUUACCUUACGAAACAGGAUGAUCAACAUCUUUUACUAGUUAAUGUGUCUGGAGAAUCUGUCGAGGUAUUCAAGCUUAAUGAUAGUACUAAAACUUGGGAGAAAGUAGAUGAUUUAGGACGGCACAUGAUUUAUAUUUCCGAGGAAACAUGCCUCUGCGUUGAAGCCAAAACACCAGAAAUGGGAAACAAGAUCUAUUUUCCGGAUGAACUGCAUAAUAGGAAUGGGAGGAUAGUGUUCUAUACCCUUGAAACAUGUACGUUAGGUACCUUCAAUAACAAAACCAUCCAAGUCAGUCACACAGUUCGACGCCAACUCCACCACCCUUGUACUUGGAUUGGACCAUGUUGGUCUUAACCGGUAAUUAUUACUUGACUUGUUAUUUUGUUAGUGAGAUGCUCAUGUACGUAGGUGUGGUGUAGUUUAUUCUCUGUGUAAAUGUGUUAACAACACGAACAGCACCACGGCAACUGAUACUGGUCCCAAUCAGCCAUUCUUGUACUUC